GCAGUGUCCUCCGACCACAGCUUUCACCGGUGGUGUCUCUGCGCCGGGCCCCGACUGCGAGACCGCUGAGCUGCGCAGGGCCCCGCCCCGGGCUCCAUUGUUGAGGCAGCGGGCGCUCCGUGGGUUGCGCUCCUCUUGGCUGUCCUGCGCGCACGAGCCACUGGAUCCUGAGCAAUGGAAGAGUUAAUAGUUGAACUCCGCCUCUUUCUGGAGCUCCUGGAUCAUGAGUACCUCACUUCAACUGUCAGAGAGAAAAAGGCAGUGCUCACCAACAUCCUGCUUCGGAUGCAGUCAUCCAAGGGCUUUGAAGGGAAGGACCAUGCUCAGAAGGCAGAGGCCAACAGCCUGCCCGCACCCCCCCAGAUGCCUCUGCCGGAAAUCCCUCAGCCAUGGCUGCCUCCUGACAGUGGGCCUCCGCCCUUACCGACAUCCUCUCUUCCGGAGGGUUACUAUGAGGAAGCUGUGCCGCUGAGUCCUGGAAAAGCCCCAGAGUACAUCACCUCAAAUUAUGACUCUGAUGCCAUGAGCAGUUCCUAUGAGUCAUAUGAUGAAGAGGAGGAGGAUGGAAAAGGGAAGAAAACUCGGCACCAGUGGCCUUCAGAGGAGGCCUCGAUGGACCUGGUGAAAGACGCCAAGAUCUGCGCCUUCCUGCUGCGCAAGAAACGAUUUGGCCAGUGGACCAAGCUGCUCUGCGUCAUCAAGGACACCAAGCUGCUGUGCUAUAAAAGUUCCAAGGACCAGCAGCCUCAGAUGGAGCUGCCGCUGCAAGGCUGCAGCAUCACGUACACCCCGAGGGACAGCAAGAAGAAGAAACAUGAGCUGAAGAUCACCCAGCAAGGCACAGACCCUCUGGUUCUCGCCGUCCAGAGCAAAGAGCAGGCUGAGCAAUGGCUGAAGGUGAUCAAAGAGGCCUACAGUGGCUGCAGCGGCCCCGUGGAUCUGGAGUGUUCUCCACCACCCAGCGCCAGUGUCCCGGUGAACAAGGCAGAACUGGAGAAGAAGCUGUCUUCAGAAAGGCCCAGCUCUGAUGGAGAAGGUGUCGUGGAAAAUGGAGUCACCACAUGUAAUGGAAAAGAACAAGUGAAGAGGAAGAAAACCUCCAAGUCGGAGGCCAAGGGGACUGUGUCCAAGGUCACUGGGAAGAAGAUUACCAAGAUCAUCGGCCUGGGGAAGAAGAAGCCAUCCACAGACGAGCAGACGUCAUCAGCGGAGGAAGACGUGCCCACCUGUGGUUACCUAAAUGUGCUCUCCAACAGCCGCUGGCGGGAGCGCUGGUGCAGAGUGAAGGACAGCAAGCUCAUUCUCCAUAAGGACAGGGCUGACCUGAAGACUCACAUCGUCUCCAUCCCUCUCCGUGGCUGUGAGGUGAUUCCAGGCUUGGAUUCCAAGCACCCACUGACCUUCCGGCUGCUUCGAAAUGGACAGGAAGUGGCUGUGCUAGAGGCAUCAUCUUCUGAAGACAUGGGCAGAUGGAUUGGCAUCUUACUGGCUGAGACGGGGUCAUCAACGGACCCAGGAGCCCUGCACUAUGACUACAUAGAUGUGGAGAUGUCAGCGAAUGUCAUCCAGACGGCCAAACAGACCUUCUGCUUUAUGAACAGGCGGGCAGUGUCCACCAGCCCAUACCUGGGGAGCAUCUCCAACGGCUAUGCCCAUCCCAGCGGGACAGCGCUGCACUACGAUGACGUCCCCUGCGUCAACGGCUCGUGGGACGUGGAUGGCGGCUUUCCUGGCUGUGGGAGCAGAGGCCUGGGAGAAGAGGUGCUCUAUGAUAACGCGGGCCUCUACGAUAACUUGCCAUCGCCGACAAUCUUUGCUCGCUCCUCUCCUGCUGACCGGAGGGCGUCUCGGCCACCCGCUGACAGGCUGUCCUCUAACCACUACAAAUCCCCCACCUCCUGCAGCCCGCCCUGCUCCCCAUCUCUCACUAACACCUCUUCUGUCGGGAGGGCAUCUCUUGGGCUGCACUCCCAGUUGAAGAGCAAAAAACCUCCAGUGUCAUCUAAUGGGGUUCCUGUAAAGGGGAAGGCUCCCAGCAGCCAGCAAAAAAAGGCGGAUUCUGCAGGUGGUGUGAAACGGACAGCAUCAAAUGCUGACCAGUACAAAUACGGUAAGAACCGGGUGGAAGCUGACGCCAAGAGGUUACAGUCCAAAGAGGAGGAGCUGCUGAAGAGGAAAGAGGCUCUGCGGAACAGACUGGCACAGCUCCGGAAAGAGCGGAAGGACCUGAGGGCCGCCAUCGAAGUGAACGCAGGCAGGAAGACCCAGGCGGCCCUGGAGGACAAGCUGAAGAGGCUGGAGGAAGAAUGCAAGCAAAGGGAGGCGGAGCGGGUCAGCCUGGAGCUGGAGCUGACGGAGGUCAAGGAGAGCCUGAAGAAGGCUUUGGCAGGUGGUGUCACCCUGGGACUGGCCAUUGAGCCCAAGUCAGGCACAUCCAGUCCACAGUCUCCUGUGUUUCGGCAUCGGACUCUGGAAAAUUCUCCCAUCUCCAGCUGUGAUACAAGCGAUGCUGAGGGUCCCCUGCCUGUGAACAGCGCAGCCGUCCUCAAGAAGAGCCAGCCAGCCUCAGGCAGCUCCCCUUGCCGUGGGCACGUGCUGCAGAAGGCCAAGGAGUGGGAGCUGAAGAAUGGGACAUAGAGGGACCCCAGCCACACCCAGACAGAGACUGCGUACUGCCACCAGCCUCACUGUGCGACACGUGCGCCUCCCAAAGUGGCCUGAGCAUGACUUGAGAAGUUUGGACUGAGUCUGCCGCUGACCCUUGGCGGGCUUACACGCACACUUUCUACUGUAUGACGGUGCCCUUUAGGAAAGUUUACUUAAAAACUUUGGUGUCCAAAUUUACCUGUUAAAAAGCAGAAACAAAAGGAGUUGAAGAGUUGUUCUGAAGCACCCUCUGGCAGAUGGGGCAGUCGCAGUUCUGAGGACCUCAGCUUAACCCCAACCUGCAGCCCACGGACUGUAUGGCCCUGUGAGAUAGGAUGGCCCGAGCCUUCCCCACGUGCGGCCAGAGCUGCAUACCUCACCCUGUUUGCCAGAGGGUCCUGCUCUGUAGCAGCAGCAUGAACUCCCUGUGUCUCUGCAGCACCCCCCACUUCCCCGCCCCCCAGGCCCCUGUCACUGGAGGUGAAGCCAUGAGGAAUUGUGCUGUGAAGCGAUUUUUAAGGUUUGGUUUUGCCUUUGGAUAGACAUUUUUUGUUACCGGAAUGGAAAGGUUGUCAUUCCUUUUACCACUGUUUUUCCUUUGUUUGCUUUUAAAGAAAACAUCCCCUUUUAUCAUGUGCUUUGCUUGGGUUUUAGGAACUUUACAGAGUCCCUGUUUCCCAUUUUAUGAUGUAUUUUGAGAGGCAGCACAGAGCUUUCAGUCCUCAGCUAGCAUGUGCACCUUUUCCCUGACCUGAGACCCCAGCCUCCCCCACUGCUGAGCAGGAAACACACUGGCCACCAUCUGCCUGUGGAUCUAACAGAGCAGGAUCUAGAACCUGUAGUCGAACCUGGACCAAGGUUCUGAUUGGGUGGGCCUCCUCCCCACUCUCCUGUUUGCCUCUGUGCACUUUCUUGUGUAGUUCAGAUGUUCAGGAUUGUGAUGCCUACAGCUCAUGGGUGAGGCUAGCCUCUACCAUAGGGGUAUGAGAGACUUUUGGGGGCUUCCACAGUACUGUCCAGACCUUUCCACCAUGGGGAGAUGCUGGCAGUGAGGAGGAAGUUAGUCAUCUCUGCAGACUUGUGCAGGACCCAUUAUACAUGAGCAACAGGCAUGUUCCCUAGACUGAGAAGCUGGUGAUGCUGUGCCGGAGGCAAGCCUUCCCAUCACAGCCCAGAAUGUCCUUAGCACACACAGAAGGAAAGUUUCCCAGGCUCUCUCUAGAGGUGCCUUUAGGCCUACCCUGGGCAGUGUCCAUGGUUGGGGUCAGCACUCUGUGCUUCAGCCCUGUAGCAGCUGCCUUGGAGUUGCCAAAGAGCAGCGUGGUGUCACCAGUGUGCAGGGACAUCACUCCAGCCAUGGGGAGCUGCUCAGCUGGAGGUCUCCCCCAAGCUGGCCCUGUGUAAGCCACUUGCCAGCUGUUUGAUGGUGCUUCAUUCUAGUGCCUUCCUCCACACCAGCAUCCAGGUGGGCUAAUCUCCGCCAGGAAACUGUGCAGAAGGACCAGGAAGAGGGAAGCAGCCUCCACACACACCAACCUGCUCACAGAGCAGCCACUGGGUGAGCCCCUUGGGUCACCAGAGGGAGCCGUGACCAUUUCAUGUCACAUGACAUUAGUGUUCUGAAAGGGAAGAGACUUUGACGUGCCAUAGACUUCUGCUGCCUUCGGUCUCAGAGCGGUGUUUUUGGCCACUCUGACAGUACCCUGCUUUGCUAGGAAAGCUGUUCCAGGCUUUGAUUGUUAAAAUAAGGAGAAAAUGCCCAACUAACAGCCAGUCCUGGCCAGCAUAGUCUGUAAUGGAGUGGGGAUAUUAGUGGAACAUCAUGUCCAGCAAAUAAGCCUCAGUUCUGCUUGUCCUGAUGAAGACACAGCAGGCUCCAGGAUCCUGGUGUCCGUAUUUCGUACUGAGAAACCUAGGCUUGUAAUCCAUUCGGCUACGGUAGACCCUGUAAGUUCCACAGAGCCAUAUAAAGUAGGUCCCAGGGAAGGCAAGGCUUCUGACACAGGGCUCUGCUGUCCCGUGUUCCCAUUAAUGUUCUUAGAUUUGGUCAGAAAGCUAGUUUAAAGCAUUUGUUUCAAAGUAAGUUAUUUAUUUGUAUAUGUUCAAUAAAUAUAAUUUUAAUUUAUAUAUGUACAUAUUGGACACCCUUGAGACAUCCUGUCUGGAUUCUCACAGUGUUCUCAUUCUACAACCCUCCCAAAGCCACAGGCAUGACUCCAGCCAUCAAUGGCCCAGUUUUGCUUUGUGUGGAGUCAUGUGGGCAGAGGGCCAAGCCAGCCCCCUUUUGUGAGCAGUCAGGUUCUCUGGAUCAUGGGAGGUGCCCCAUCUUUUGGGGUCUCUCCUUGUCUGAGGCCACAGUGUUUCUUGGGGUCUACUUUUGUUACAAUUUGGCAAGAUGUCAUCAGCUUUCACAAUCCCCUCUACUUUUAUGUCCAUUCACUAACUAACCCUUUGCAUACAAAUAUCAUGCUUGCCUGGGGGCCUGCUGUGGUCCCCUGCUUAGGCAUGGGUAUAGACCCUCACUGUCACAAAAUCUCAUAUACCAGUGUUCUUGCAAGGGUGGACUUGGGUCAGUCAGGUCAUCUCAGGUGCCAGAAUGCCCUAUCAGCUGGGUUUGGACCCACUGCACACAGAAUGUCCCAGCAUGCUCGCUGUUCCCCUGCCUCACAUGCCCGUGUCUCGUCUCGUGCAUGCCUUGGUGCUGCCUCAUCUGUCCACUUGCCCACUUUGCUUUUGGCUGUUUCUUUGUCAACCAAGCCUGCACUGAUAGGCUGGAGAAUUGGCACGUUCAGAAAACCUGCCUUGAAAAGCAAUAUCGGAGGCCCUGAGGCCAUCAAGGAAGGCUUCCACUCUGUGGGGACUGCAGUUCCCCCACCAGUUAGAAUUCACAUGCAAGCAACAGCAGGGGGUCCCUGGCCUCUCCUCCUAGAGACAAGGGACAAGGCUCCCCUGUAGUCUGAUAUCCAUCCUAUGCUCUGGGUGCUUGAGCCACGUGACUCCUCCAUUUACACCUGCCCUCACCAGCAGACAGGACACACCCAAGGUCCAUUCUAUGGGUGUGGCAAAGUCAAUGUGAUUGACUGUGGUCUUCCACUUUUCUUUUCUAAAGUAAUUUUAAGCCAGAAACAUUUCAAAUCCAUGACAUAGUUUUUAAAGAUGUAAUUGAAUGUCUGGGUCCUUCCUGUUCCCAGUGACUUACUACUAACCAGACCAGCGAGCUGGGUUUCUACUGUGAAAUAAACCGAAAAUAACAGUGAAACACCUGUGCCUUCCGCAAACAACUCAGCCCCAGGAAGAGGCGGAAGCAGCAAGCAGCCAUGUCACUCUCGUGGGAAGCCCGCACUUCAGCACUGAGGAACACUCUUUGCCAAUAGCUGGGGACACACCGCUGUGGUCUUUGGAAACCUGGGCUUCCCACACACUUGAUUGAAUUAUGCUUUCAAAAUGGUGUCUUCGGUUCAUAAUUCUUAGGGACCAAAGGUGUUUUUAAUAUGAUAAUGUUUUAAUUGAUUUUCUAACAAAGGUUUACUUUACAUUUUAACAUCAGUUUUUACAUUCUAGAUAGUCCAAAUGAAUUGCUCAUGACUCUAAGUUGUAAAAUGUUUUCAUGUUAUGAAUGUAAUUAUUUCCUCAUUGUAUUUUUUAAAAAACUAAAGUCAUAUUUUAAAUAAUCUUGGAAAGACACAGGCAAAGAAAAAAGGUUUUUUUUUUUUAAAUUAACUAUGUUGGUAGCCCAUUUGGAAUGAUUGUAAAUAUAUUUUGAUUGUGCAGCUCAAUGUAUUUAAUUCAGAAAGUAAAAAAUUUUAUGCAAAGAGACUUGCAAUGAAAAUUCCUAGUUUUCAGCCCAUUCCCCCCAUUUUGUAGUCAUUUCACCUAACUUUUCUGCUUUACAAACUGAUUUUUCUACUGUUGUAACUGUGUACCCAUCGACUGGCGCCCAUUGGCGGAACUUGUUUGUGUAUUAAUAAAACUAUGCUGUGUGGCCCAGCCUCAUGUCCUGCUGACAGUGGCUCACGGUACAGAUCAAGA